CUCUUCGCUCGUGUUGGAGAUUGUCGCAUAAACCCUAAUUUCUUCAGAAACCUAAGCUUUGUCUGGUCAGGUUCGAGAGGAUAUAAAAUGGAUCAACAGCCCGAACCAGUUACGUACGUCUGCGGAGAUUGUGGACAAGAGAACACUUUGAAGUCAGGGGAUGUGAUACAGUGCAGAGAGUGUGGCUACCGUAUUCUCUACAAGAAGCGUACCCGUAGAGUUGUUCAGUACGAAGCUCGCUGAGGAACAUAACCUUGAAGGAUGAUUCAAAGUCUCUUAAGAUAGCAUAAAGACAUUUCCUGCCUCUAUUUGUAAUAAAAUUUAAAAUUCGACUUGAAAUUAUGUUUCUGUUUUUUGCUAAAGUAGCUUGUUUUUGUUUGAUUUGGUUAAAAAUGAGUGUGACUUUGAAACCCAUUAUUGGAUGUCUCUCUUGAUCUAAAGUCACCCAUCUUCAGUUA